ACAGCGCUAAUGUUGCUAUUUACCGUUUUAUUUAACCAGCUGUUAGACGUCAGAAUUCCAGCUGUGGAGCACAACAAAGACGGAUAUCGUCUGUAUUCUGGACAAACAGUGAUCUUUAAUUUAAAAUUUUUUUACUAAACAGUUCAAAUUUUAGUCCAAAUCUCAAUGAACUUAAUUGCAUUUUUCUAAAUAGUUAGUGAUUACUUUUUACACUUUAUUUUUUCGUUUUUGAUGCCAUAUACAUGACUAUCAUUAAUUAGCAAGUACGAAAACAAAGCAAAGCUCGUAUUCAAGGACAAGCAGUGUUCUGGUGGACCUGUGCUUGGAUGGUAUGCAGGGAGCAGUGUCAAGUGGAGAUGGAAAAGUUCCAAUAUUCGUUUUUCCUCACACAGUCACUUUCUACCUGGAAGACCCGACUACGCACAAGCAAACCCUAACAUUGUAUAAUCCUUAUGAGUUUGCUGUACGCUUCAAAGUCAUGUGCACAAGCCCGAAGAAAUACAGUGUUGUGGAUCCAGAGGGCUCAAUCAAAGCCAAAUGUUUCAUUGAUAUUGUGAUAAGACACUCUUCUGUCAGCUUAGCCAACUGUCAAGUUCCGGACAAGUUUCGCAUACAGAUGUUUGACUUCCUCUCUAAACAGCCACUGGGUCGCAGGGACGUGACGGCCACUCUCGUAUCUGGGGAGCCUGAGCGCUCAACUCCGGACCAAGAGUUUGAGACCCUGCCUCCCUCUCCAUCCUCCAACCGCCCUCUGCAGCAGUACAGUCUCAGUAAUAGGCCUGCGGCAUCAUCUGGACCCAAUCAACUGUUAUUGCUGUUCGUGGCUGCUGUGUGUAUCGCUGUUCUGUUCAUGCCAUCUGAGGGUGAAGAGAGCGUUCUCUCAUGGAGGGUUACUGUCAAUCUCAAACUGUUUGUGUCUGUUCUAGUGGCAUCAUCUGGACCCAAUCAACUGUUAUUGCUGUUCGUGGCUGCUGUGUGUAUCGCUGUUCUGUUCAUGCCAUCUGAGGGUGAAGAGAGCGUUCUCUCAUGGAGGGUUACUGUCAAUCUCAAACUGUUUGUGUCUGUUCUAGCGGCAUCAUCUGGACCCAAUCAACUGUUAUUGCUGUUCGUGGCUGCUGUGUGUAUCGCUGUUCUGUUCAUGCCAUCUGAGGGUGAAGAGAGCGUUCUCUCAUGGAGGGUUACUGUCAAUCUCAAACUGGUUGUGUCGUAUGUGCUGGGACUGGUGUCGAUGGUUAUUCUGAGGCCCAACUGAUCAAUACUUGUCAUGUACGUCUGUGUAUAUAACUGCCAACAAUUACUUGCUUCCUGAUUCCUGUUGUUGAUUUGUUCUAGGACUAGUGUCAAUGGUGAUUCUGAGGCCCAACUGAACAAUACUUGUCAUGUACGUCUGUGUAUAUAACUGCCAACAAUUACUUGCUUCC